GGCUGCUCCUGAUCCCGGGGCUGCUCCUGAUCCUGGGGUUGUUCCUGAUCCCAGGGGUGAACCUCAUCCUGGAGCUGCUCCUGAUCCUGGGGCUGAGCCUGAUCCUGGGGCUGCGCCUGAUCCCAGGGCUGCUCCUGAUCCCGGGGCUGCUCCUGAUCCUGGGGUUGAUCCUGAUCCCAGGGGUGAACCUCAUCCUGGAGCUGUUCCUGAUCCCAGGGCUGCUCCUGAUCCCGGGGCUGCUCCUGAUCCUGGGGUUGAUCCUGAUCCCAGGGGUGAACCUCAUCCUGGAGCUGCUCCUGAUCCUGGAGCUGCUCCUGAUCCUGGGUAUGCUCCUGAUCUCGGGGCUGCUCCUGAUCCUGGGGCUGAGCCUGAUCCCAGGGCUGAGCCUGAUCCUGGGGCUGAGCCUGAUCCCAGGGAUGAACCUCAUCCUGGAGCUGUUCCUGAUCCCAGGGCUGAGCCUGAUCCUGGAGCUGUUCCUGAUCCCAGAAUCCCGGCAAGAUUCCGACCAGCACCCUGUGGAUCUGUGUCUCCCUGUGCUCCAGGUGUCCGUGGACAUCAGCAGCAGCUCCAUCCGGGUGGCAGUGCAGGAUGGGAACAGCCACCAGGUCCUCAUGGAAGGCAAACUCACCCACAAGGUCAACACAGAGAGUUCCCUCUGGAGCUUGGAGCCUGGGAAGUGUGUCCUGAUCAGCCUGAGCAAGGGUGACGAGUACUGGUGGAACGCGGUGCUGGAGGGUGAGGAGCAGAUCGACAUCGACAAGAUCAACAAGGAACGUUCCAUGGCCACCGUGGACGAGGAGGAACAUGCCGUGCUCGACCGUCUCACCUUCGACUACCACCAGAAGCUACAGGGCAAGCCCCAGAGCCACGAGCUGAAGGUGCACGAGAUGCUGAAGAAAGGUUGGGACACGGAGGGUUCUCCGUUCCGGGGACAGAAGUUUGACCCUUCCAUGUUCAACAUCUCUCCUGGCGCUGUCCAGUUCUGACUGAGGCACAACC